GACGUCAUGGCCGGUGAGUUCUCCCUCCCUCCCUCCUCGCCGCCGCCUCCUCCUCCUCCUGCUUGCAGCGCUCGCUUGGUGGAGCAGCAGCAGCGGCAGCAGCGGGAGGCAGUGCGGGGCGGGAGGAGCGAGCCGGCCCUGCCCGCUCGCCCGCCCGGCGCAGCAUGGCCAAGCACCACCGCACCCCGGCGCGCAGCCCGGAGCCCGUCAUCGAGGUCAAGAGCAAGUUCGAUGCUGAGUUCCGCCGCUUUGCCAUGAAGCGUUCCAGCGCGGGCGGCUUUCAGGAAUUCUACCAGCUGAUCCAGAGGGUCCACCAGAUCCCCUGCUUGGACGUCCUGCUUGGCUAUACGGAUGUCCACGGUGACUUGUUGCCCAUCAACAAUGAUGACAACUACCACAAGGCACUGUCUUCUGCCAAUCCUCUGCUCCGAAUCAUUAUCCAGAAACGAGAACUACAGAUACCUGCAAUGAAGAAGGGAAAAGUGAUGGGUUUGAUUGGGACUCUACAGAGGGCUCCUUGCCAACGUCCUCUACCUCCAGCAGAAGCCGAGAGCAGCGUCUUCGCCUCCAACUCCCUGCAGCGGAAGAAGAAGGGGCUGCUGCGCCCCGUGCACCAGCGGACCAAGCCCCACCUGCUGAUCGGCAUGCCCCAGGACUUCCGGCAGAUCUCCUCCAUCAUCGACGUGGACAUUCUGCCCGAGACCCACCGGCGGGUGCGGCUGCACAAGCACGGCUCGAGCAAGCCGCUGGGCUUCUACAUCCGGGACGGGGUCAGCGUGCGCGUGGCCCCCCAGGGGGUGGAGAAGGUGCCUGGCAUCUUCAUCUCCCGCUUGGUCAAGGGAGGGCUGGCCGAGAGCACGGGGCUGCUGGCCGUCAACGACGAGAUCUUGGAGGUCAAUGGCAUCGACGUGGCGGGCAAGUCGCUGGACCAGGUCACGGACAUGAUGGUGGCCAACAGCCACAACCUCAUCAUCACCGUCAAGCCGGCCAACCAGCGCAACAACGUCAUCCGCAGCAGCAAGGCCUCGGGCAGCUCCGGGGUGUCUACGGACAGCACCCCCAGCCAGCAGACGCCCAGUCCGGCUUCCCAGUACCUGAGCAACUGCAGCACGGCGGAGGGCGAGAGUGACGAAGAGGGCGACCUGGUGAUCGAGAGCGAUUUGCCGGCCAGUUGCCCCAACGGGGGUCUCCUGGAGAGCCUGCAGCACAGCCUGUCUCUGUACAGCUCUCAGGGCUCGCUGCCCUCCCUGAACAGUCACAGUGGCAGUGGCAGCCCGAUCCGGGGCAGCCGAGCGGGGAGUCUCCGGGAGGACGGCACGGUCAUCACGCUAUAGCCCCGGGCACCGUCUGUCCCCCCCUUCCCACGCCCGUGUAUUUGAACUGCAACAUUUUUGAGGUCAGUUUGGCAGCGGCCUCGUUCCUGGGCAAUGGAGCUGAAAUACAGAGCCUGUCUGGAUUGUGAGACUUGACCCUCACUUGACGUCACUGACCCUCCCUUGUGCACUGCCUGGUAGCCACACGGCGCUCUCUGUGGCCGAGAUAGCAGACAGGAUUGGAGACACCUGGGGUGGCCCAUCUUCCCCGAGACCUUUGCAAACUGUCCCCGUUGAACCAAAGCGACGGGAGUCCAAUGUCCUUGCCCGCUCCCCCUCUACCGCCAUUUGUGUUCCAGGCAGACCGGGGCCUCCCAACCCGCGGUCCCUGCCACCGCCGACUAUCGGCCCUCAUGAAGUGUUUGGGUUUUUGUUCUUUGUUUUUAUGAUAACAUGCAUCACAGAUUAAUAUAUUGCAACAGACUAUUAAACUGUUUUCUUUUUUAGGAA